AUGACGACGGCAAACUGCCCCGGUAACGAGGAGCUGGACUUCCGACUCAUCUUCGGAGAGGACGGGCAGCAGCCGCCGUUGAGCCACGCAGAUCUGGAGCCGGAUGACACCACAUCGUUCUACAUCCUCAACGUAGGCCAGCCCCCAUCAAUGGUCACAAACCACCAGUCAAUAAACCUCCCCCGCCAUGGCAUGCAGUCACACUCCCCGCUAAUCAGCACUUCACCUCGCCUUCAAUCGCACAAACAAGGAACCGUGCACCUAAGUUAUGAAGCACAAGACUCUAAGUAUGGCACCUCUCCUUUACUCCAUUCUGCUCCAGUGGAGGCUCCGAAAGCCUUCGAGUGCCCCAGUAUUCAGAUUACUUCCAUCUCCCCAAGCUGCCAGCAGGAUAUGGAUGCCAAUGAAGAAGAUCUGAGAGCAAAUGGCCCUGAUAGGGACUACAACAGUGAGAGGCCUCUGUCCAGAGACCACCUGUAUUUGCCUCUGGACCACUCGUACCGGGACUCUUCGCUCAGUCCGAGCCCAGGCAGCAGCCUCUCAUCUAGGAGCUGGUUCUCUGACGCCUCCUCCUGUGAAUCAUUUUCCCAUGUCUACGACGAUGUUGACGCUGAGCUCAAUGAGGCCGCCGCUCGCUUUACCCUGGGCUCGCCCCUUACGUCCCCGGGCUGCGCAUCACCUCAAUCGGGCGUCGCGAACCUGGAGGAACAGCAACAUUGGCAGCACCCUCACCCCUCCUUUGUGCAGCACUCCCACUCAGCCACUCUGUCACCUCGACAGUCUCCCUGCCACUCGCCACGUACCAGUGUCACUGAUGAGAACUGGCUUAGUCCACGGCCACCUUCUCGGCCCUCCUCGCGUCCCACCUCACCCUGCGGCAAGAGGCGCCACUCCAGUGCGGACAUCUGUUAUCCUGGCUCCGUGUCGCCGCAUCACUCACCUUCACCUACGCCGGGACCUUCACCAAGGGGCAGCGUGACAGAGGACACUUGGGCUGGCAGCCCCUCUAUAGGAAUGUCACCCUUUCAGUGCUGCCAAUCAGAUGCAGACAUACCAUCUAAGACAAGGAAAACCUCACAGGACACAACAACGAUGCAACCGUCACCAAAAGGAGAGUUGGGAAUAGAUGACCAAGGAAAUGUUCCUCCUAAUCUAGACUCUCCCUCAGAAGAGGCCCUUCACAGCCAUAAGAAGGAUGGGCCUGGAGAACAGUUCCUCUCUGUGCCCUCCCAUUUUCCAUGGAAUAAACCCAAACCUGGACACACACCUAUAUUCAGGACCUCGUCACUCCCUCCCCUAGACUGGCCACUGCCAAGUCAGUUUGGCCAGUAUGAAUUGACGAUUGAAGUGCAGCCCAAAGCACACCACCGAGCGCACUACGAAACAGAGGGCAGCAGAGGAGCUGUCAAAGCUGCGUCAAGUGGCCAUCCCAUUGUCAAGCUGGUUGGCUACAGCGAGAAGCCUGUCAACCUGCAGAUGUUCAUUGGAACAGCAGAUGACCGUUACUUGAGGCCACACGCCUUUUACCAAGUGCACCGAAUCACUGGGAAAACCGUGGCCACGGCCAGCCAGGAAAUUGUGAUCACUAGCACCAAAGUUCUCGAAAUUCCUCUCCUGCCUGAAAACAACAUGUCAGCCAGUAUCGACUGUGCGGGCAUCCUCAAGCUACGGAACUCCGACAUUGAACUGCGGAAGGGGGAGACGGACAUAGGAAGGAAGAACACGCGGGUACGGGUGGUGUUCCGUGUUCACAUCCCUCAACCGAACGGGAAGGUUCUGUCUUUGCAAGUUGCCUCCAUUCCUGUGGAAUGCUCCCAGCGUUCGGCACAAGAACUGCCCCAGGUUGACAAAUCCAGCCUGUCCAGUUGUCUGGUCAGUGGUGGAGAAGAGAUGGCCAUCACUGGGAACAACUUCUUUCCAGAGUCCAAGGUCAUCUUCAUGGAGAAAGGCCCUGAUGGGCGGCCACAGUGGGAAGUGGAGGCCAAAAUCAUCCGGGAGAAAACUCAAGGCUCAUGUAUUGUGGUGGAAGUACCCCCUUACCACAGUAAGGCUGUAAGCUCAGCUGUGCAGGUACAGUUUUAUGUCUGCAAUGGAAAACGGAAACGGAGCCAAUCCCAACGCUUUACUUACCUUUCAGUAAUGGUGAAACAGGAGCACCGUGAUGAGCUGGACCAUCCCGCUGUUCCUGCCUUGUCAAUGCCCCUGACACAGGCUGCCAGUCUGGUGCGCCCUCAGCUGCCUUCCCCCGAUCAGGGCCACCCAUCGGAUAACCUUCUGUCAACCUCACCACAUGGCCUGGCCUCAGGCUCAGGACCUGUCCUGCUGCCCCUGCAGUCUCCCUGCUCCUCCAUUGGCUCCCCACCUUUCCAGCACCUGCCUCACCUCCAGGGUCGCAGUUUGCACCAUGCCCCCGCCGAUUUCCACAUGACGUUUCAGCCGAGCUCCUCGCCUGUUCCCCUUCCAGCUUCCUCCUCGCCCGCGCUGCACUCGUACCAGGCCAUGCAGCGCAACCAGAGUCACGCUCACAGCCUGUCCUUCAACGGCCAGUCCAGUCUUUCUCCUCAGAGCUAUGACAGGAUGCCUUUCCAGCAAAGUCCAAGUGCUGCGUCACACCCACUGAGCAUGGGGAUGGUGUACUCCUCCUCCCCCUGCUCCUCACCGUCAACGCCCGUGUCGUCAUGCCCCAUCGCGGGUUCUCCACAGAGUCACCAACCUGUUCUCGCACCCUCGUCCCCGCACCUCCACACGCUAGGAGGCUACCACUGCUCCCCAAACCCCGCUCAGGUGCCCUCUCCUACCGGCCACCCUCUCGUGGGGCCCCACUCUACCCAGCUGCAAAGAGCUAUGGCCUACCACCCAGUGGGUCAACGCUCAGCCUCCUGCCCCACGCCAUCCACUGCCCCUCCUCCACAUAUGAUCCCGUCUGCCCACUCUGGGCCUUCUUCACCUCAGCUCCACUCACUGCCCUACCAGUCUCCUACGUCCUCUUCGCCGGGAAACAGUCCCUUAGGUCCCUUGCAGCAUCCACAUUCAGGACAGCCUUCUCCUCAGGCGCCUAGCCCGGUCAUGGCCAGCUUGUCCCCCACUGCAGGGCCUUUGGUACACCCGCUAAGUCCCCAGGGCCCCUUCACAUCAGAGGGCGAGAGGCUGAACAUCAAAGAGGAACCAGAGGAUAAGGAGCCUACCUUCCGUUCCAUUGGCCUACAAGACAUCACGUUAGAUGAUGUCAACGAGAUCAUCGGGCGAGACAUGUCGCAGUCGCCGAGCGCUCGCGGCCCGGCCCGAACAGCCCACAGCACGCACUCGUAG